GGGCUGCAGUGCCCCGAGGCGAUCAGAGGACAGGCUCCCGGCUGGGGAUGGGCCUGGGCUCUGCCAGGGGUCACUGCAGCUGUUCCUCUACUGCCGCCCGGGCUGGGGGCAGCUGGGGAGGGCAAGGCUCUGCUCCUGGGGGACCAGCGGGACAGCAGCCGCUGUUGCCCCGGCCUGCAGCACCGCGCAGGGAGCGGCCCGGUGCCGGUCCAGGGCGCGUCCCGCGGCGGCUCUGCGCUCCCCCGCCCGGCCGCAGGGAGUCCGCCGCGCCUGCAGGGGUCGCUGCCGCUGGAGGCGCGGGGCUGAGGGCGUUCGCUCGGGGGCAGCAGCCGCAGUCGCAGCGUCCGAGGCGGUAGACGCCUGAGCGGCAGCCGCAGGAGAAGCAGCCCUGAGCCGCGGCGGCCUCGGUUCCAGCUCCGGCCCCCGCCGCACGAUGCCGACCGUGGAGGAGCUUUACCGCAACUAUGGGAUCCUGGCCGAUGCCACCGAGACCGCGGGGCAGCAUAAAGAUGCUUAUCAGGUGAUAUUGGAUGGUGUAAAGGGAGGUGCCAAGGAGAAGAGGCUAGCAGCACAGUUUAUUCCAAAGUUCUUCAAACAUUUCCCUGAGCUGGCUGAUUCAGCUAUCAAUGCCCAACUGGACCUCUGUGAGGAUGAAGAUGUUUCUAUCCGACGCCAAGCAAUCAAGGAGCUGCCUCAGUUUGCCACAGGAGAUAAUCUUCCCCGGGUGGCAGACAUACUGACCCAGCUUCUGCAGUCAGAUGAUUCCGCAGAAUUCAACUUGGUGAACAAUGCUUUGUUAAGUAUAUUUAAGAUGGAUGCUAAAGGGACACUGGGAGGCUUGUUCAGUCAGAUUCUUCAGGGAGAGGAUAUUGUGAGAGAACGAGCUAUCAAGUUCCUCUCUACCAAACUCAAGACCCUUCCUGAGGAAGUGUUAACAAAGGAAGUAGAGGAGCUCAUAUUAACUGAAUCAAAGAAGGUCCUUGAAGAUGUGACGGGUGAGGAAUUUGUCCUUUUCAUGAAGAUAUUAUCUGGCUUAAAAAGCUUACAGACAGUGAGCGGGAGGCAGCAACUGGUGGAACUGGUGGCUGAACAAGCUGACCUGGAGCAAACUUUCAAUCCGUCCGAUCCAGAUUGUGUGGACAGACUCUUGCAGUGCACUCGACAGGCAGUGCCACUCUUCUCAAAAAAUGUUCAUUCUACAAGGUUUGUGACUUACUUCUGCGAGCAUGUGUUACCAAACCUCAGUUCCCUGACUACUCCAGUGGAGGGCCUUGAUAUCCAGUUAGAGGUAUUGAAACUACUUGCUGAAAUGAGUUCGUUUUGUGGUGACAUGGAAAAGUUAGAAUCAAACUUGAAGAAGCUUUUUGAUAAAUUACUGGAGUACAUGCCACUUCCUCCAGAGGAAGCAGAGAAUGGGGAAAAUGCUGGCAAUGAAGAGCCCAAGUUGCAGUUCAGCUAUGUGGAGUGUUUGUUGUAUAGCUUUCAUCAGCUGGGGCGAAAGCUUCCAGACUUCCUCACGUCCAAGCUCAAUGCAGAGAAAUUGAAAGACUUCAAAAUCAGGCUACAGUAUUUUGCCCGAGGGUUGCAGGUUUAUAUACGACAGCUUCGUCUGGCACUUCAAGGAAAAACAGGUGAAGCCUUAAAAACAGAAGAGAACAAAAUUAAAGUGGUUGCCUUGAAAAUAACUAAUAACAUCAAUGUUUUAAUCAAGGACCUUUUCCACAUUCCCCCUUCUUACAAGAGCACAGUUACGCUGUCUUGGAAACCUGUACAGAAGGCUGAUGCAGGUCAAAAAAGAACUAGUGAAGAUACAACUUCAAGUUCACCACCAAAGAAGGCUCCAGCAGGACCAAAAAGGGAUGCCAGGCAAAUAUACAACCCACCCAGUGGGAAAUACAGUAGCAACCUGGGCAGCUUUUCUUAUGAGCAGAGAGGUGGUUUCCGGGGUGGCCGAGGGAGAGGCUGGGGAGGACGAGGUAAUCGCAGUCGAGGAAGAAUCUACUGAACAGACCAUUGCAUUCUCCAGAGCUAUUAUGGGGUAAAACACCAGUAAAAGUGAAAGUACUGCUCAUCAAAGGAUUGCCUGGAGUACUGUAUCCCUUCAAGGACUGCCUUCUGCUAAAGACUGACUUAAAUGUUCUUUAUACCUUUGUAUGUAUGAUCUACUUUUCUAACGGACUACAAAACUUGUCCAUAGUGAAACUACAACUGUAUUUUUGGAUGAUUAGUCAGCAAUUUUGAGUUAUUUUAGAAGUGUCUUCAGGGUUUAUUCGGAAUUGGAAAACAGCAUAGAUGUUUUAUCUGAAACUACAUCUUGACAGUUUGUAUAUUAACGUAAAAAUCAGCUAUUACUCAACUAAAACUAUAUUGUAAUUGAGUUUAUAUAUUAAAUAAUGGACAGGAAAGGGAAGACUACAAAGGUACAUGUCCGUUAAGAUUGACAGCAGCAGUAAUCCUUUCCUCAUCUGUAACAAUACCUUGCAAUAUGUGGAGAAGAGUACCAUUAUUAAAUUAGCAUUUAUUUACUCUUUAUAACAGAAUCGUUGACUAUUCAGACAAAUGCUGGAUUUUUAAAGUCUGUAACAUGGACAUACAAAUUUUUGCUUGUAGCAUGAAGCAAUCAUUUAACUUAAAGUUGUGGAGAAUGUGAUGUUUUUGUUUUUGUACAUCUUACUCUUCUCCCUACAUUGUAAUGCAAAAGUGGUGUUUUGCAAAUGGGUUUUUAAUGUUCAGUAUGACUAUGUAUGCAUAUGCCAUGAAAUUUCAGUAAAACAGGUUUAAAAAAAAAAGACUAGAAAUACUUCAGGAGUGGGAAAAGUCAGAUGCAAUAAUUAAGCUUCAUAAAUUGGAGUUGGACAGCAGCAGUGGUCUGGCUCUUUCCUGUGCAUUUGAAGAUUUCUGGAUUGGUUGGCACUUGAAAUUUUUUUUUUUAAACAAUACCAACUGCAUUUUAAAAACGUAUAAAUAAAAUUUAUUUUGGGUACCACUAAAAAAAAAUCCAGCUAUGUUGUUUGAUUCAGGUGGAGAAUUAAAGACUCUGUACUAGUUUGUCCUUCAUGGUAACCUAAGAUUUUGAUUUAACAGUGGAUACCCAGUAAAUACAACUUUAUUUAAGAGCAGAUCUGGCACAGAGGUUUGGUUUUGUCGUUCUCUUCUCUCUCCUCCCCCCCCCCCCCAUUUUCACCACUUUAAACUUUUUUACUUUCUCCUCAGAUCAUUUGUAAAGACUGAAUAUUGUGAAAGGUGUGAUAGUAAAAAGGAGAAAAGUUGGGGGGAAGGAAGAAAUAUUAACAAAUUCUGUUGACGUAAAAUAGCUUAGGCUUUAGAGGACUGAAGAUUUCCCUAACUUUUAUUUUCAACAUUUUGAUGACCGUUCCCCAAACCAAAUGCCUAAAAGUAAUGUUUUCCUACUAGUUUCAUGUGUAUUUGUGAGGAAUAGCUUGUGAAUCUGACACAGGUGUCUUCAUUAACAUUCUCUGAUAUUUAUCAUUGCAAUCUGAGGAAUACAGCAUUUGCAUUUCUGGCACUAGUGCAAGAUCUUAAAGAAAUGGCCAGUUUUCUAGAAUAAAAAAAAAAGCCAGAACAGCAAAACUAUCAAACUACAGAAACUGUCUCCAAACUUGAUUUCUCUGCAGCUUUGGAACAGUGGUGGUAAACUUUGGACAUUUCAUAAGCACUUGAGUUGAACUUAUAUUACUGAUUACAAGACAUUUGCUAAAUUCAGAUGGUCAGUAAGAAGCUGAGUAAUUAAACUUUGGCUUUCAAAUACAAAUUGACAUGAUCAAAAUGUCAUUUUGAAAAUAGGCAGGAUCGAUGUGUUAUUUCCAUGUGAAAAUUCAGCCUGUUUCACAAAGGGCAAUAAUUUGUAUAAUUUGAAGAUUUCUAAAUUAAUGUCAAAGCCUAUUUGUAAGCACAUUUAUAUUCUAAUCACUGGAUGCAAGCAGCUUCUUUGCUCACUGAAGUUUCAAUGAGAACUUCUGAGACAUCUUUUUCAGAGAUGGGUGCAGCUUCAGCAAAGUUUUUGCUGCUUCAGAAAUAGCUAGUUUCCACCCCUUCCUUUCAUUCUUAAUUUCUGAUACAGUGAAUUCUUUUGGAGACACCUGUUCACCACCUUGUUCAACUGUAAACUUUCCCUUAUGCUUUUGGAAUAAAUUCAUUUUGUAAUUUUG